UAAUUUUCAGGUUUACAAAUUUAUAAAAUAUAACUAUCUAUAUAAAAGGUUUUGUAAUUGCAUUUUCAGUUUUCUUUUGCAUUUAAAUAUUUAUGAACGAAAUAUAAAACUAUAGUAAAAGUGCAUAUUUUCUAUCAAAAUGUUACUUAAAAAAUGAUUUUGAUUACUUCUUAUAUUAUUCCAUCAAAAAAUAUUUUCAUUAAACAUAAUAUUCUAUUUGGCCUACGACAUCAAAAACUCUUGGCACGGCACUGAUCAUAACUAUCAUUCUCACUCUGAAUUAUUAAUUCUACAAUGUCAACGAAAAUGGCCUAAAACACUACAUUUUCUUGUAUCUAACAAUUCUAUAAUCUUAAUGACAUGAAAUUAUUCACAUUUUAUUGUCAAAAUCUUGUUGUAGUGUUAGGUUUAGCUUCAAGCGAAGCAUCAAAGUCCCAAACGGCCACGUGUAACUCAGAUAAGCCUCCAUCACCAUACCUUAUGUACAGGGCCCACUCGUGAUUCUGUGAAUAGCCCACACCAUAAUAAGGACCACAUUUUUAAUUUAAUUUCACCAUAAAUGUUUUAAAAAUAUAUAUAAAUACACACACCUCACUUCUUUUUUUUGUAGAUAAGAAGCACCGCACACUUACACGAGAUCAUUCACCACCAUGCCUCUUCUCCCCACCUCUUCCUUCAAAACAGCAGCCACCGUCGUCAUCACCGGCGUAUUUUCUGUCGCGGCGGCCGUGAUUUUCACCGUUCCUUCAGUCUCACAUUUCGUGGCCUCUAGCUAUCCCAUGAUAUACGAUAACACAGUCUUCCUCCUUAAGCCACCGUAUCUUUACUUAGUCAUCAACUGCAUCAUCGUCUCUAUCGUCGCUACAUCUAAGCUCACUAACAAAUCUUCUUCCAAUAUCGAAGUCUCCGACUUCUCCGAAGCAGUGACGGUAGUACCGGUACCUUCUGAUAUCGACGCUGGUUACUUAAACGUGUCUCAUCAGGCCGUAGGUGAGGACAAUGAUCCGACGGUGGAAGAUGUCCCUCUAGUCAUCGAUGAUGAUAAGCAGCUAGAGACAGAGAAGCUAAAACCAAAGAGUGAUUGGUCGGAACCGGAGAAGCCAAGACCGAGCAGUGAUUGGUCGGAACCGGAGACGGAGAAGCCAAAACAGCCGAGUGAUUCGCCGGAGGUUUCGAGGGUGAAGCUAUCGAGGAAACCACCGAGAUACAGUAAACAAAAGUCCCUAAAAAUGAGUGCUGAAGGUGGUGUUGGUGACAAAAAGCCGCCGAGGAGGCAGGACACGCUGGAGACGACGUGGAAGAAGAUAACGGAAGGACACUCGACGCCGUUAACGAAGCACUUGACUAAAUCCGACACGUGGCAAGAGAGGUCGCACGUGCAAAGCUCGUCAGAAAAGAGCGCCAAACACAAGAUGACCAAGUCUGAGAACUUGAAUGACAUAAACGCCCCCACGGAGCUGAAACGGGAGCCGUCACCGGGUCAGGAAGAGCUGAACCGCCGUGUGGAAGCGUUUAUCAAGAAGUUCAACGAAGAGAUGAGACUGCAAAGAUUGGAGUCUUUGUCGAAAAAUAAAGAAAUGGUAAAUGGAGGGACUCGUUUGUAAAUAUUCGUGUUUUUUUUUUUUUUGCUUUAGCUGUUGAUGAACACUGGAGAAAGGGACGGCACCGGCACAGUCGCAAAUGUUGACUCUUUUGUAUAACUACUCUAGCUGUAAAUGACUUUUGCGUGUGUGUAUGAUUGUCAUAUUUGUACUUUCUAGGCCGUCUAAAAUCACAGUUAUCGUGUGGUUUAAGAUGAAAGGAUAACAUGUGGACAAAGACUAGACUUGUAGUAAUCGAACACAUUGUUUGUUUG